GUAAACUCAGUGUCCCAAAAUGCAACGCACUUCGUCAUGCCUCGUCGGUGAAGCAUUUGCACGUUCCUUCACGGGGCCGGUGUAUCAUGGCGACCUACGUGGAUAUUCUGAAGAGCGAGUUUCCCGAAAUCGACACAGAAGUCUUCGAUUAUAUCACGGGUGUGCUGGACUUCAGCGGUGCGGACUUUGAGGAUGGAGAGGAGGUGUUUGACGCCAUCGGGGGGGUCCUGCAGGAGGUGUCGGCCGACUGUAAGAACGAGGAUGACAUCAGGGGGAUCUGCGCGCAGAUGUUCAACACACUGAAGCUUAACAACUGCCACCCCGUGCAGAAGCAGGUGCUGCUGGACGCUCCGGUUCAGCUCUCUCAGGUGUCUGCGGAGAGCGACAUGGCUGUGAGUGACGCACAGGGGAUCUGGAUGGUGAAGCGCAGUCAGAACACGACUGUGGAUCAGAAGAAGCUGGAGAAGGCGGAGGCCAAGCUGAAGGCCAAGCACGAGAGGAGGAGCGAGAGGGACUCCCAGAAGUCCUUGGGCCCCCUCCUUCUGGAGGAGGCGUCGGCCAGUCAGGCGAGCAGUAAGAAGGAGAGCCGCGUGGACGCCUCGGGGAAGAACCGUAGCUACGACAUUCGCAUUGAGAACUUUGACGUGUCCUUCGGGGAGCGGUCUCUGCUGCAGGGGGCGGAGCUGUCGCUGGUGAGCGGCCGGCGCUACGGGCUCAUCGGCCGGAACGGCCUGGGAAAGACAACGUUGCUGAAGAUGCUAGCGAGCCGCAACCUUCGCGUGCCCCCCCACAUCUCCAUCCUGCACGUGGAGCAGGAGGUGGCGGGUGAUGACACGACCGCCUUGCAGAGCGUGCUCGAGAGCGACGCCGUGCGGGAGGGGCUGUUGGCCGAGGAGCGGCGGCUCAACACGCUCAUCGCCAGCGGAACAGCUGAUGCCCAGGAGACUGUGCACCUUUCUGAGAUUUACGCCAGACUGGAGGAGAUUGAGGCUGACAAGGCUCCGGCCAGAGCCUCCAUCAUCCUCGCAGGUCUGGGAUUUUCUCCCAGGAUGCAGCAGCAGGCGACCAGGGAAUUCUCGGGAGGCUGGAGGAUGAGGCUGGCCUUGGCCAGAGCGCUCUUCGCCAGGCCCGACCUCCUCUUGCUUGACGAGCCGACCAAUAUGCUGGACGUUCGGGCCAUCCUCUGGCUGGAGAACUACUUGCAGACAUGGCAGUCCACCAUUCUGGUGGUUUCCCAUGACCGGAACUUUCUCAACGCUGUGGCUACCGACAUCCUCCACCUGCAUUCUCAGCGGCUUGACAGUUACCGUGGCAACUAUGAGAACUUUGUGAAGACCAAAGAGGAUCGUCUCAAGAACCAGCAAAGAGAGUAUGAGGCCCAGCUGCAGUACAGAGAGCACAUACAGGUGUUCAUCGACAGAUUCCGCUACAAUGCCAACCGCGCUGCUCAGGUGCAAAGCAAACUGAAGCUUCUGGAGAAACUCCCUGUGCUGAAACCCGUUGAAAAGGAGGCUGAAGUCGUAUUACGGUUUCCCGACAACUUUGAGAAGCUCUCUCCUCCGAUCCUGCAGCUCGAUGAGGUGGAGUUCUACUACAGUCCUGACCAGCCCCUCUUCACUGGGCUCAGUGUGUCCGCCGACCUGGAGUCGCGCAUCUGUGUCGUUGGCGAGAAUGGCACUGGCAAGUCCACCAUGCUGAAGCUGUUGCUGGACGAGUUGACGCCCAUCGGUGGCAUCCGCCAUGCCCACAGAAACCUGAAGAUCGGCUACUUCAGCCAGCAUCACGUGGACCAGCUGGACCUCAACGUGUCUUCAGUGGAGCUUCUGCUUAGCAAGUUCCCAGGACGGCCCGAGGAAGAGUACCGCCACCAGCUGGGCAGGUACGGUAUCACAGGCGAACUUGCCACCCGGCCCAUUGCCAGCCUGUCGGGGGGCCAGAAAAGCCGUGUGGCCUUCGCUCAGAUGACUAUGUCCAGCCCAAACUUCUACAUCCUAGAUGAACCUACGAACCAUCUGGACAUGGAGACCAUCGAGGCUCUGGGAAAAGCGCUCAACAAGUUCAAGGGCGGAGUCAUCCUGGUCUCCCACGAUGAGCGGCUCAUCCGCAUGGUCUGCAAGGAGCUGUGGGUGUGUGAGGGCGGGAAGGUGAGGCGCGUGGACGGCGGCUUCGACGAGUACCGAGAUGUCCUGCAGGAGCAGUUCCGCAACGAGGGCUACCUGUGAGAGACUCGCCGAAAACACGCCGAGCAGAACUGCCAAUCGACUCAUCUGCGCGAGCUCUGAAUCGGCGCCUUCCGGAAAAGACUGAACACGCAGCUGUUUACCCCAGACGUCCCGCAGCCCUCCUCCUCCUCCUGAGGACAGUUUGUUUCCGUGGCCUCGCCUCGCCUCCCUGCGGGACGAUGGAACCUGGCUGACUGGACCGCUCUGUGCCGCGCUCACCCACAGGCUGUCUGUCUGCUGCAUCUCACCUGUGGGAGUGUGGGGGACGGGGGCUGGGGGGCUGGUCCAGUCCUGCUGCCGGUGAACAGACUCGUUCUCAGCCAGAGGGACUUUGGACCGAACAGCUGUUCCUUUACAGCAAACCCCUAAGAAUGGAGAAACCUAUAAAUAUCUAUAUUAAAUGAAAAACAUAAAUAAAUGAUUAUUGAAUACCACAAAUCACAUUUCCUCAUCUCUCAAUGCUGUACUUAAUUUAUAAAUAGCUGUUUUUGAAUAUUCAUAACAUCCUAAUAAAUGAAUAAAACUCAAGGUGUAAUCUGAGUUA